AUGGAGCUGAGGGUUGUGUUCAUCUUCAUACUAAAAGAGUCGGCAAAAUUUCAUAUUGUUCCGUGCACCAUUGUGUUCGUCUUCAACAUGGUUAGUUUAAUCACCAUUUUCGGGUUGCUAGGGAACAUUACAACCGGUCUGGUUUACCUUGCUCCAGCGAAUACGUUCUGGUACAUCGUACGACGUCGAUCGACCGAGGAAUUCGACUGUCUUCCGUACGUCGUCAAGCUCUUGAACGGAUACAUGUGGGUUUAUUAUGGAGUUGUGAAGCCGGACAGUAUACUUGUGGCCACCAUUAAUGGAUUUGGUUCGGUCCUUGAGCUUAUAUACGUGACCAUAUUCAUCAUCUUUGCGCCUCCUAGAAUGAGAGCAAUAACUGCGAUGCUUUUCGUGGUGUUCCCAAUAGGAGCCGUCUUGGUUACUCAGAUGUCAUGUAAUAGAGAAAUGCAAAUCAAUGUCUCAGGAUUCUUGUCUUUGCUUUUCUGUGUUGCAACUUAUGGUUCUCUCUAUCAUGAAAACUGUGGUGACAACAAAGAGCGUGGAGUACAUGCCUUUCCUCCUCUCUUUGAUCCUCUUCAUCAAUGGACUUGUAUGGACUGUUUAUGCAGUGCUCACUAAUGACUGGUUUAUUGGGAUACCGAAUGGGAGUGGGUUUGUUCUUGGAACAGCUCAGAUGGUGCUUUAUGCAAUGUACUGGAAACCUAACUAUCAAAGACAA